AUAAAAUAACCUACGCCUCGUAAAAAUAAAUAGUGUUUUUAAUUAAUUUUUCAAUGUAAAGUGUAAACAUCAGUCAUAUUCACAAUGCCUGAGGUGAUGAUAUCAGGUAUCCCUGUUAGUUUUCCAUUUGAUCCAUACGAUGUCCAGAAGGCGUAUAUGGAACGGGUGAUUGAAAGCCUGCAAAACAGCACUCAUGCUGUACUGGAAUCUCCCACUGGAACUGGAAAAACUUUGAGCUUAUUAUGUUCAUCAUUAGCAUGGCUGCUUGUGAAGAAAGCCCAGUUGCAAAUGAAUGCCCAAUUAGGAAAUUUUACGGAGCACAGCGGUGGUGGUUUCAGCGGUUCCCUGCGAGAUAAUCUGAAAUCAGGAGCGGGAAAAGCAAAGGACAAUGUAUCUUGGGGUAUGCCUAAAAUUAUAUAUUCAUCCAGAACUCAUUCUCAACUCACACAGGCUAUGCAGGAGUUGAAAAGAUCUAGCUAUAGACAUGUAAAGGCCACAGUACUGGGAUCAAGGGACCAAAUGUGCAUACAUCCUGAAGUUUCUAAAGAAUCUAAUAACAUGAACAAAGUACACAUGUGUCAAUUAAAGGUCAAAUCCAAGACAUGCUUCUUUUACAAUAAUGUGGACUCAAAAAAGGAAGAUAGAUCUGUCAAAGGUGAUGAAAUACUGGACAUUGAAGAUUUAGUAACUGUUGGUAAGAAACUAAAAUGUUGCCCAUAUUAUUUAUCUAAAGAACUGAAACAAGAUGCAGAUAUUAUAUUCAUGCCCUACAAUUAUUUAUUAGAUCCAAAAUCAAGGAAGGCUAAUGGAGUAGAAUUGAUUAACAAUAUAAUAAUACUUGAUGAAGCCCAUAAUGUGGAGAAGAUGUGCGAGGAAUCAGCAUCUUUACAAAUCAGGAGCACAGAUGUAGCAUUAUGUAUAGAUGAAAUAACACAUGUAAUGAGAUCUUUUAGUGAAAACUCUGAAGAGCAGUUGGAUUCAACAGUUGAUAAUAAUCAGCCAAAAGACUUCACUUGUGAAGAUUUAUGUGUUUUGAAAGAAAUCAUGCUUGCUUUAGAAAAGGCUAUAGAUGAAAUAAGUGUUGGCAGUGAAGGUACUACUUUUCCUGGAGGUUUUAUAUUUGAAUUGUUAGCUAAAGCUGAGAUUAGAGAUCACAACCAAAUGGCUGUCAUCACUUUACUAGGAAACCUUGUUACAUACUUGUCUACUGCAAGUGCCUCACCAUUUCAAAGAAAGGGAGUUGGUCUGCAAAAGUUUGUAGACUUGUUAAAUGUUGUAUUUAGUGGCACAACACAUUCAUACAAAGAAAGAGUUAAAAUGUGCUAUAAAGUCCAUGUUCACAUUGAAGAUAAGAAGAAUAAAAAAUCUGAUAGUUGGGGUGCACUUAAGGUUGGAAAUGCAAAAUCAGCUGAGCGGGUUCUCAGCUACUGGUGCUUCAGCCCUGGGUUUGGAAUGAAGCAGCUAUUAGAUCAAAAUGUUAGGAGCAUUAUUUUAACUAGUGGAACUUUAGCACCUUUGAAGCCAUUAAUAUCAGAAUUAGGAAUUCCAAUUGGUGUUCAGCUGGAAAACCCUCAUAUAGUCAAUGGCAAUCAGAUAUGUGUGAAAAUAAUCAGCCAAGGCCCUGAUACAACUCCUCUUAAUUCAAAUUACCAGAAUAGAGAUAAUCCAAAAUAUAUUUCAUCUUUAGGAAGAACAAUAUUAAGUUUUACCCGGGUGGUGCCGGAUGGUUUGUUAGUUUUCUUUCCUUCAUAUCCAAUCAUGACCAAGUGUCAAGAAGCAUGGCAAUCUGAAGGUAUUUGGUCUAGUAUCAACAACAUCAAGCCCAUUUUUGUUGAGCCUCAAAGAAAAGAUACAUUCAAUGCUAUCAUCAGUGAUUUCUAUGGCAAAAUAAGUGAUCCUAGCACUAAAGGAGCCUGUUUUAUGGCAGUUUGCAGAGGAAAAGUUUCUGAGGGCUUAGAUUUUGCUGAUAUGAAUGGUAGAGCAGUGAUUAUAACUGGAUUGCCAUUCCCACCUCUGAAAGAUCCUAGAAUUAUACUUAAAAAGAAGUAUCUAGAAGAGCUUAGGGUUCAUAACAAAGAAUUUCUAUCUGGAGAUGAAUGGUAUUCUCUAGAAGCUACUAGAGCAGUCAACCAAGCUAUUGGAAGAGUUAUAAGACACAAAAACGAUUAUGGAGCAAUAUUACUUUGUGAUGGCAGGUUUAACAGUCCUAAGUUGAAAAGUCAACUGUCAGCAUGGUUGAGAGAUCAUAUUAAUGUAUCAAACAAGUUUGGUGAAACUGUAAGUGAGAUUUGUCGGUUUUUCAAAACUGCAGAAGCGACCUUGCCUUCACCUAAACUAAAACCAUUGCUUCCUAAUGAAGACAAUAAAGGAUAUAAAAACUAUGAGUCCAACAAUGUUGGUGGGGUAUCUUUUCCUACAACUAGCACUAGAAUUGUCAACAAAGGCACUAAGAAGGCAGUAAGUCAAUAUCCUAAUUCAAAUGAGGUGUAUGCUGAUUUUUCAAUGGAUUUUUACAAGAAUGCUCAAGCAUCAGCCUAUGUGAAUGAAUUCAAACCAAAAGAAGCAAAGGAUCUUUUUAGUGCUUUAGAUAGUAGUAAAAAUACAUCACAGGCUUCUUCUCAAUCAUUGGUUACAAUUCAUAAGAGGAGUGCAGAAGAAUCUAAUGUUGCUUCAAUAGCCAAAAGAAAAAAGUUGAAGAUAAAGCCCUUUGGUUUUGAGGACAAUUUGAAAAGUGGUGAAAUUACAAAUAUUUCUGCACCAGAAAAAGUGGCCCCAACAUCAUUGAUAGACUUUGUGAAGGAAAUAAAAGUACUUUUACAGGCUGACCAGUAUAAAUUAUUUCAAACAUCAAUUUCAGCUUAUAAAAAGGAUGGAAAUUAUGAAAUAUUUUUAGAAGUGUUGAAAAAUGUCUUUCAGAACAGAAAAAUGUUUUAUUUAUUUAAAGGCAUGAAGAGAUUUUUAAAAGAAGACCAUAAAAGUACUUUUCAAGAAUACUGUGAUAGUGUAAAUUUUAACUGUUGACCCAAUUUUUAGAGAAUUUAAAUUAUUAUAUAAAUUGGGUUUACUAAUGUUUCAUACAAAUUAUAAUAAAGAAUUUCAAAU